UUGAAAUGGCUAAGCACUUUCUCCUGCUAAAUCUGAAAGUCGUAAGUUUCUGCUGUGCUGUGUUAGCUUUUGAGUCAAGUCCAAUGCAAGAUUUCUGCGUGGCCGAUCCUGCUAGCACAGGUAUUGUAAAUGGCUUAGGUUGCAAAGAUCCCAAGUCUGUUAUCUCAGAGGACUUUUUCUUCAGUGGCCUACAUUUUGCUGGAAACACAUCAAACACUUUUGGCUCUAAGGUAACACGUGUUAAUGCGACUCAAAUACCAGGACUGAACACUCUAGGUAUCUCACUGGCACGCGUAGACUAUGCACCAUGGGGAGUUAAUCCUCCUCACACUCACCCAAGAGCUACUGAAAUAUUCACAGUCCUUGAAGUUUCUCUUCAAGUUGGUUUUGUAACUUCAAAUCCUGAAAAUCGCCUUAUUACUAAAGUCCUUAAAAAAGGCGAUGUGUUUGUUUUUCCAAUUGGACUUGUUCACUACCAACGCAAUGUGGGAUAUGGAAAUGCUGUUGCUGUUGCUGCUUUGAGUAGUCAAAAUCCUGGUAUUAUAAGCAUUGCUAAUGCAGUUUUCGGAUCAGAACCAGCUAUAGCAACAGAUAUUCUUGCCAAGGCUUUUCCAGUUGAUGAAACUGUUGUUGCUCAGAUACAAUCAAAGUUCUAA